AUGGGCUUCCUCGCGCUCGGCCCCGAUGUCCUGCUUCGCAUCCUCCGUGCAGCAGAUGUGCAUACAGUGGUUCAAACGGGGAUGGUCUGUCGCGCAUUGCACGAGCUGGCGCGGUCGAAGCAGCUCUGGAUCGCCCUUCUCUCUCGGCUAAAGCGCCGCGGGCUCGUCGCGCUCCCGCCCCAUGCGACUCUCAGCCAAUAUUCAACGCAUGAGCUUGUUGCGCUUGUUAAGCGUGUUGUACUUGGUCCCUUCGUCUGGCAGUCCCUUUCGUCGUCUCCGAACGGCUCGCAGGCAGAGGAGAUUCUCCAUCGCUUCCCCCUCCCUUUGAAACCCAGCACCCCUGGCACCUCUUCCGAUCCCGACGCUACUCUCUCCCGCGCGGAGGCGCUACCUGGGGGGCGGCAUGUCCUAAUAGAGCGACAUAAUGAGCGACAAGAGCUUUGGGACGUCGCAGAGGCAAAGUGUAUUUGGGACCAUGACACCACAACAAAGAUGGUAAUGCUGCCGGUCUAUGAAAGGGAGGAGAUUGUCGUGUGCAUGUUCGAGCGGGCAGUACCUGUGUCUUCCCUCGCCGUUGUGGUCAUCGAUCUUGCGACCAAUACCGCAGCACCGGCACUCCGACUCUCCAUCCCAGAUUAUGUCGUUGCUUUCCGCCCGCAUUUUGUGCUCUCGGCCUACGCACCGCUCGUCGCACUGGAGACGAACUUCAUCCAGCCACAGGGCCUGCGACGGGCGUUCAUCAUCAUAGAUAUGAACACGAGCAAAUUCUGCGUACUGAAGGGCUGUUUCGUCACAAGGACCGUCCAGUUUCUCCCCAGCCAUGUCGCCGUCCUUGCUGACCCAGAUGGAGGCGCCGAAACACCGACGCAAAUUAAUUUGAUCUUCUAUGCACUUGCAGACCUUACUGCAGACCUUUGGCUGCCACUUGUUGAUCUCCCUUUACUUUCUCACGCCGACCUAGUCGCUCCGGACAAUGUAUACUCACCGGCACCGUUAAAUUCAUUAACGCAAACCUUUUUCUACGCGACCGACCGGCGCCUGAUCGAGAAGCAACUGGAGCUAGUCGUCCACUCCUCCGUUCUGCACAGCAACACGUACCUCCUCUCAUGGUACUGCGGCGGUCACUACAUGGCUGCCGCUGAGGAUGGCACGCGCGACCCCGAAUACACCUUUGCGCGAUACCACUUCCGGCCAGGCGUCAAACCCAGCGUCACACCCCUGACUAGUACGACGCGCCGCUUCGAUCCGCACUGGUUCGCGCAUCUUGGAUUCGCCGGCUCGACUGGGGAGGGCCCGACAUACGCCGGCUUCGCGCGCCGCAUCCACAACCCGUAUUCCGCGAUCGGCUUUGACGGCCCGCUGAACUCGGCCGCGGCGCUGUCAGACCGCACGAUUCGCGCCGUUGGGCUCAGGAAGCUCGCGAUGGAGCCGUACACCCCGGUUGUUGUCGCAUGGUGGGAGGAGGGUACGGAGCUCGAUGUGGUUUAUCUGGCCUGA